AUGAACAACACCGCAGAAGAGCUUCCGCCACUAUCGGUGCAGGAUUUCAGAAUAUACAACCGAGGUGCAGAAAAGAUGGACUACUUUCACGGCUUCCUCCGCCGAUCCUGGAAUAUCCUCUGGGAUGCCGCUACCAGCGGCCAGCGGCCGUCCAAUAUGACUGUCCGGCAAUUUAUUGCUGAGGGCCUGCAAUUUGCCGACCACCUCGAGACUCAUCAUGGGAUUGAGGAAACUUACAUCUUCCCCUACCUGGCGAAGAAGAUGCCGGAAUUCCGCACGGGGCGCGGGCGGCACGCCGCCGAGCUUCUGCGGCAGCAUAGAGAGAUCCAUCAUGGCCUAGAAGAACUCCGGGAGUACCUUGCCAGGUGCUCGCAGGGGGAAGAAGAUCUAGAUCUGCGGGUGCUCAGGGGCAAACUGGAAGGGUGGAAAGAGGUGCUAUGGACUCACCUUGACCAGGAGGUAAAGACACUGGGAGCGGAGAAUAUGCGGCGGUACUGGACUAAGGAGGAAAUGAUGAGGAUUCCCAUGUAA